AUCAUGAUUUUGGAAGGAGCUGGCAGAAUGAGUAUCAAUUCCAGCAGCAAUCUACUCCACCAGCAGCCUUCCUGGACAGACGGAUAUUCCACAUGCAAUGUGUCCAGCAGCUUCUAUGGAACCCAGUGGCACGAAAUACACCCGCAGUACUGGACUAAGUUUCAAGUCUGGGAGUGGCUGCAGCAUCUCCUUGAUACCAACCAACUGGAUGCCAACUGCAUACCCUUCCAGGAGUUUGAUAUCAAUGGGGAACAUCUGUGCAGUAUGAGCCUGCAGGAAUUCACUCAGGCAGCUGGGACAGCAGGGCAACUGCUUUACAGCAACCUUCAGCACCUAAAAUGGAAUGGCCAGUGCGGAAGUGACAUGUACCAAUCUCAUAAUGUCAUUGUGAAGACAGAGCAAACAGAUCCGUCGUUAAUGGUGUCCUGGAAAGAAGAGAAUUACCUGUAUGACAGUGGCUAUGGUAGCACAGUAGAGCUAUUGGACAGUAAAACGUUCUGUCGUGCUCAGAUUUCCACGACGACACCUAGUCACCAGCCUCCUGAUUCUUCAGAUGUGAAAAAAUCACAAGAUCAUACCCCAAAGUCCCACACCAAGAAGCACAACCCUCGAGGAACUCAUCUUUGGGAAUUUAUUCGAGAUAUUCUUCUCAACCCUGAGAAAAACCCGGGACUAAUCAAGUGGGAAGACCGGUCAGAAGGUGUCUUCAGAUUUUUAAAAUCCGAAGCUGUGGCUCAGCUCUGGGGAAAGAAGAAAAACAACAGCAGCAUGACUUAUGAGAAACUCAGCCGGGCUAUGAGAUACUAUUAUAAAAGAGAAAUCCUGGAGCGUGUGGACGGUCGGAGAUUAGUAUAUAAAUUUGGAAAGAAUGCCCGUGGCUGGAGAGAAAAUGAGAAUUAA